AUGGCCGACGGUCAGGCGGCGGCGGUGAAGCCACCGGAGAAGAAAGAUGAUGAGAAAGUUCCGUUUUAUAAACUGUUUUCCUUUGCAGACAAGCUCGACAUACUUCUAAUGGUGGUCGGCACAAUCUCAGCCAUCGGGAAUGGCGUGUCGCAGCCGCUCAUGACGCUGAUUUUCGGCGAGUUGAUCGAUUCCUUCGGCGGUGGUGAUCGAUCAACUGUGGUGCAUGCAGUUUCGAAGGUUUCGUUGAAAUUGGUAUACUUGGGCAUUGCUGCUGGUAUUGCUUCACUUCUGCAGAUGGUGUGUUGGAUGGUAACUGGUGAGAGACAGGCUACUCGAAUAAGAGGACUAUACUUGAAAACUAUAUUAAGGCAGGAUGUCGAGUUCUUCGAUACUCAAACAUCAACAGGAGAGAUCAUUGGGAGGAUGUCUGGCGAUACGAUUCUCAUUCAAGAAGCCAUGGGUGAAAAAGUGGGAAAAUUUAUUCAAUUUUUUUCAACAUUCUUUGGAGGCUUUAUUAUUGCUUUCUGUAGAGGAUGGCUCCUGUCGAUCGUCUUGUGUACGUGCAUUCCUGCUCUUGUUGCAGCAGGAGCAGUUUCGGCUGUACUCAUGGGGAAGAUGGCGACACGUGGACAAACUGCUUAUGCUGAUGCCGGAAAUGUAGUUGAACAAACAGUUUCAGCAAUUAGGACGGUUCAAUCCUACACUGGUGAGAAACAAGCUGUGGAUAAGUACGACGCCAAAUUGGUUAUUGCUUAUAAGGCUUCUGUGAAACAAGGGCUAGCUUCUGGCACUGGAUUUGGUUGCAUGUUGUUCAUGGUCUUUUCUACUUAUGGACUUGCAAUUUGGUAUGGAGGCAAACUGAUAAUCACCAAAGGAUACAGUGGAGGGAAAGUUGUGAAUGUUAUCAUGUCCAUCAUGACAGGGGGGAUAGCAAUUGGCCAGGCUUUUCCGUGUGUGAACGCCUUUGCAGCCGGGCAAGCUGCUGCCUACAAGAUGUUUGAGACCAUCCAUCGGAAACCAAAAAUUGAUGCUGAUUGUGGUGGAAUUAUUUUGGAGGAUAUAAAAGGCGAGAUCGAGCUCAAAGAUGUGUAUUUCAGAUAUCCAGCAAGGCCAGAAGUCCAGAUAUUUCAAGGCUUCUCGAUUUUCAUACCGAGUGGGAAGACUGCUGCUUUGGUUGGGCAGAGUGGGAGUGGCAAAUCAACCGUGAUUAGCUUCGUGGAGAGGUUUUAUGAUCCUGAAGCUGGAGAAGUACUGAUUGAUGGAGUUGACUUGAAGAAGUUAAAGCUGAAAUGGAUCAGAGGAAAGAUUGGACUUGUCAGCCAGGAACCUAUCUUGUUUGCCACUUCCAUUAAAGAGAACAUACUAUACGGGAAGGAAGAUGCCACAGAUGAAGAGAUACGAAGGUCUAUUCAGCUUGCUAAUGCUGCUAAGUUCAUUGACAAGUUACCGCAGGGUCUUGAUACAAUGGUGGGCGAACAUGGCACCCAGCUCUCUGGGGGUCAGAAGCAGAGGAUUGCAAUUGCUCGUGCCAUUCUGAAAGAUCCCAGAAUUCUACUUCUUGAUGAAGCAACGAGCGCUCUUGAUGCCGAAUCAGAACGAACAGUUCAGGAAGCACUCGACAAUGUCAUGACAAACCGUACAACAGUGGUGGUUGCACAUCGUUUGACAACUAUUAGGAAUGCUGAUAUCAUAGCUGUUGUGCAUCAAGGGAAACUGGUCGAGCAAGGCACACAUGAUGAACUGAUGAAAGAUCCUGAAGGAGCUUAUACGCAGCUUGUCCGCAUGCAAGAAAGGAGCAAAGAGGCUGAAAGUAGUCCUAGCAGUCAAGAAGAGACCCCUCACGCCUUAGAAAGAAGCGUGAGCAGAUCCGAGAGAAGCUUGAGUAGAUCCGACAGCCAGAGACUUUCCAUGCGCAAAUCCUCAAGCAAUGACUCAUCAAGGCAUUCUUUCACACUUUACGGUGUUCCUAACUUUGACCUGCGCGGAAUCCAACCUAUCGAAGAUGAUGAAGAAGAACCUGACGAACACACAACGAGCAGACGCAACAAAGUUUCUAUCAGACGGUUAGCAGCCAUGAACAAACCCGAAGUGCCAUACUUGCUACUUGGGUGUGUAGGUGCAGGAGUGCAGGGUUUGGUCUUCCCUAUGUUUGGGCUUUUGCUGUCAACAGCUAUCAGAAUCUUCUUCGAACCUCCGAGUCAGCUCAAGAAGGAUUCCAGUUUUUGGGGGCUUAUGAUGGUUGUGCUAGGCCUCAGUACUCUGCUGGCCCUUCCUGUACAGAACUUCUUCUUUGGAGUUGCGGGUGGAAAAUUGAUCCAGAGGAUUCGCUCUUUGUCGUUCAAGAAGGUCGUUCACCAAGAGAUCAGUUGGUUUGAUGAUCCUGCAAACUCAAGUGGAGCAAUCGGAGCGAGAUUAUCAAGUGAUGCCGCAACUGUUAGAAGCAUUGUGGGGGAUGCUUUGGGACUGAUAGCUCAAAAUAUGUCCACUUGUUUAGCAGGUCUCAUCAUUGCCUUCACUGCUAACUGGUUGCUGGCCAUCAUUAUCUUAGCAGUCCUCCCUCUUGUUGGUUUACAAGGAUUCCUUCAGAUGAGAUUCUACAAAGGCUUCUCUGCUGAUGCCAAGGUUAUGUAUGAAGAGGCUAGCCAAAUUGCAAACGAUGCUGUUGGCAGUAUCAGAACAGUGGCGUCGUUCAGCGCUGAGGACAAGGUGAUGAAGAUGUACGAGCAGAAAUGCGAGGGUCCUCUGAAGCAAGGAGUCAGGCUCGGAAUUGUUAGUGGUGCAGGUUUUGGUGUUGGUGCAUUGGCGCUCUACUGCACCCAGGCCUUCUGUUUCUAUAUAGGAGCCAUUCUCAUUCAAAACGGUAGAGCAUCAUUUGGUGAAGUAUUCAAGGUUUUCUUCGCCUUAACCAUGUCCGCGACUGGGAUCUCCCAAGCUAGCGCUACAGCUCCGGAUGUUAACAAAGUGAAAGACUCUGCUGCCUCUAUAUUCGAGCUGCUCGACAGCAAGCCUAAGAUCGAUUCAAGCAAAGAGGAUGGCACGACGUUGUCUAGCGUUCGCGGUGAGAUUGAGCUUCUUCAUGUCAGUUUCAAGUAUCCCACACGGCCUGAUAUUCCAAUCUUCAGAGACUUAUGCCUCUCCAUACCUUCUGGAAAGACAGUUGCUCUAGUUGGCGAAAGCGGCAGUGGAAAAUCAACCGUCAUUGCUCUGAUAGAGAGAUUCUAUAAUCCUGACUCGGGACAGAUUUUCUUGGACGGAGUAGAGCUCAGGAAGUUCAGGCUGAGUUGGCUGAGGCAUCAAAUGGGGCUGGUGAGCCAGGAGCCGGUGCUGUUCAACGACACAAUCCGAGCCAAUAUCGCCUACGGGAAAAAGGGAGAGGUGACAGAGGAAGAGAUCAUCAAUGCAACGAAAGCAGCCAAUGCUCACACCUUCAUCUCCGGGCUGCCUAAUGGCUACGAUACGGGCGUUGGGGAGAGAGGCGUGCAGUUAUCAGGUGGUCAGAAGCAACGGAUAGCCAUUUCUCGGGCAAUACUGAAGGAUCCUAAGAUCCUUCUCCUUGACGAGGCGACAAGCGCGCUGGAUGCUGAGUCGGAGAAAAUAGUGCAGGACGCGUUGGAUCGGGUGAUGGUGAACAGAACCACGGUUGUGGUGGCGCAUCGGCUGACGACAAUAAUGGGGGCGGAUGUCAUUGCGGUGGUGAAGAACGGAGUGCUUUGUGAGAAGGGGAAGCACGAUGUGCUGAUGAAGACCAAAGAUGGAGUGUAUGCAUCAUUGGUUGCUCUUCAUGCAAGUGCACAGUAGUGAGUGAUGAAAAUCAGAGAUAAGAGUCUAAAUAAGUAUGUCAAUAUGCUUUUUUCUGUGUUGAUUAGGUUGAUCAUAAUAAUUCUUGAUUGGCUGCUUUUCUCUUUCUAAUUUUGCUACCAUGAUUGGGAAGAAAGAGGGACAAAAUGGCAGUUAUGAUUGUCAAUAAACCUUUUUUGUGUUGGAAGGAAGUUUUGAUUUCUGAGAA